AUGGUCAGGAUCGCAAUCGUAGGUGGUACUGGGAACGUCGGACAGGAGAUUGUGGACGUGCUUGUCGCUAGCAAGAAGCACGAAAUCUUGAUCUUCACCCGCAAGGAUAUCUCGAUGGAAACCACAGAUUCGUCCGUUAAAUGGGCCAAAUCUACCUACGGGGAUGUGAAUGAAUUAGUUGGUCAACUGCAAGGCAUAGACGUGGUGUUGUCAUUUAUCGCCCCGCAUGACCAAGAACAAGGCUUCUCCAGCCAGAAAAACAUCAUCGACGCGGCAGUAAAGGCCGGCGUCAAGCGACUCGCACCUAGCGAAUGGAUCUCAGCUGGCCUAGAGCACCUGGACUGGUACACCUUCAAGGCGCACACACGCCAGUACUUGACAGAGCUCAACAGUGGCAAGAAGGUUAUUGAGUACUGUCUCUUCCAGCCAGGUCUCUUCACCAAUUACUUUACUCCAUACCCGUCAACCAAGCACAUCAAGCCACUUGAGACACAGUGGGACUUUGCGAAGCGUAGGGCUAUCUUACGGGAAGGCUCUGAUAACGACUAUGUCACGCUUACGACUGCGGACGAUCUAAGCAACGUGGUUGUGCGCGCGGUGGACUACCCCGGCGAAUGGCCGCUCGUGGGUGGUAUUCGAGGGUCUCGUAUUUCCAUCAAGGAGCUCAUCGCCCUUGGAGAGGAGAUACGCGGCGGGCCCUUCACGAUCGACAGGAUUCCGAACGAAGACUUGAAGAAUGGAACAUGGGACGCUUCCUGGCUUCCUAAAGUCGAACAUCCCUCCAUUCCACCAGAGUUUGUUGACGCAUUUUCGAAGAAGAUGGUGGGCGGUAUCUCGUUGGCUAUAGGAGCGGGAUGUUUCGAUGUGGGCGAUGAGUGGAAUCGUUUAUUGCCUGAUUUUGAGUUUACGGACGCCAAAGAUUUUUUGAGAAAGGCAUGGGGUGAUAAGAACUGAUAACUUGGAUUAAUCUAGCGUGUUUCGCAGUUGCCAAUGGCCGUAGCGCGACCAGUGUAGUCGUAGCUUGGGAAGAUUCUCCUAGGGCAGAAUCAGAAUGUACUGUCGUUCGUUACUGCCUAUGCCAAAUUCUGCUAGAAGUAUUCGACUUGCAGAGAAUCUGAUCGCGGGAUCACUACAACUAUGACCAGAGCUGUCGGGUUAUGUUGUCGCAC